AUGUCCACUUCAUCCGAUCCCGCUGGGACAAGUCGUCCCUCGACAUCAGAGGGCCAACAGCCAGGACCUAUACCAUUAUUUGAUCACCACCUCAGGGUGCUAACCGACUCUUACCUCCAGUUCUUUCAAGAAAGGAAACGGAUUGAAGAGGUAUACUGUGAUUCACUAUUGAAGUUGCACAAGAAGGCGAAGACCAUCGAUACAUACCUAGAUGGACGGGGGGAGUCGAGUACAGCACGGAGUGCUUGGUCAGAAGUUAGGGACAAUGUGGAGAGGGAGGCCCAGACACGACAGGCUUUCCUCACUACUUUGACCGUAGAUGUGCUGAAUCCGCUUUCGGCCCUGAAGGAGACCCAGGAUCGGACUAGGAAGCGUAUCAAGGAGGAUAUCAAGGAUUCAACUAAUGCCCACACUGACUAUGCGGAGAAUACCGUUCCCAAGCUAAAGCGAACCUAUCUGAGGAAGUGUCAGGAAGUCGAAGACCUGAAACUAGCUGCAGCUGCCCCUUCCCAGCCCCUCACGUCUCAGUCAGACAGUUCAACCAUCAAGUCUCCCACAAGUCCCAAACCUACUGUUACCUCUCCGCAUCCAUUAAGACCUCUGGACCGGAGGCCGUCUGGGGGUGCUCCCGGAGGGCCUCGGAAUCGCUCUCCCUCGGGUUCUACUGCCUUGCAAGAUCUCGCCCAUCAAGGGAAGAAACAGUUGAACCAGCUCAUGACCUUCCUGGAGAAAAGAGAUACGGUUAAGGACGGGCUUGGGGGCCGCUCCUCGGAUGCUUCACUGAGGAUAGUCCGCGCUAAACGAGAAGCUGACGAGGCAGACAAAGAGUAUCGCAAAGCCGUGCAUUGGCUCGAAACCCUCCGAAUACGACGAAUGAAGAUACUGGAAGCUGGAUAUAAGAGCUUGGAAAUGUUCCUCCACGAGUCGGCGGAUACCUUGAAGAAGGUCUUAUGCCGAUACACUGACAAUAUGAUUGCAACUACUAUGACACAAACACAGUUAUCCUCUCAUGCACGCUCCCUGGUAGACAAGAUCUCGCCUGAAAUGGACGUGUCGGUAGUGUCGUCGAAGAUAUCGCGGUCUCUGGCGUCGGCAACCCCACCGCCAGUCCGAUACUAUAAUUACGAAGUCGGCGAGUGCAACGACCUCAUAUUCGGUGUCAGUCUUGUAGAUUAUGCGACUGCGAGAGGUUUGGGUGAAGGGGAGAUACCUAAGAUAGUGAAGAUGUGCAUAGAAGAAGUGGAUAAGCGCGGACUGGAGGUCGAGGGGAUAUACCGAGUGUCAGGACGUCAUGCUGUUGUACAAGCGCUUCAGCACAAACUGGAGCGGAAUGAACAAACAUUCAAGUUUAAUCCUAAUGUUGAUGAUGUAUACGUUGUAUCGUCUCUACUCAAGCUGUAUCUGCGAGAACUCCCGGAGCCUGUCUUCCGUUUCCCAUUGACCGAACGAAUCCAGCAUUCGGAAGACCUUCACGAGCACAAGUCGAAUAACUUUGCACUGCUACGGUCCAAGAUGAGACGUCUCCCCGCCGUACAUCAGGCAACGCUGAGGGCGAUUGUGGAGCACCUAUCGCGGGUUGCAUCCUUCAGCGAGAAGAACAAGAUGGAUGCCAAGAAUCUGGCUAUAGUGUUCGGUGGUGUCAUAUUCGGGGAAGAUGACAUGCCAAAAGGAGGGGAUUUGUUGAACAUGCAAAAUUUCAGGGAUUCACUCAUGGAGGAUCUGAUUCUCAAUGCCCCAGUAUUGUUCGAUGAUCGCCCUAGCAAUGGAGAAACUCCCCUGCCCGCCGCACCUGCGGGAGAAGCUCCGGUCCAGUUCCCCCUAGGCUCAUCGCAUACCAAAGUCGCUAGUGUGCCGAAUGUCCCCGUCCCACCAACGUCCUCCCUUCGACCCCCCGACGACUUCAUCCCGGCUCUCCCUGCGCGACCCGCUAAUAGCAUCCACCCGUCUUCACGGGCCAACCAUAUAUCGAACCACAGGCAGGAUGGGGACUCGAAACAAGCCGGACGACCUAAGUACCAGGCAGCGGAGGCGCCCGAGGCUUGGAGAGCACCCGAGGAGAUUCUCGACGACGAAUUUGAAUCUCGAGGUCGAAAGCGCUCCAUCGCGCGGAAGCGCACCUCGGCCCCUCCUUCCAUGCGAAGGCCUUCCAAGCCAGAGCAAUGAACUCACGAUACCGCUCAUUGGACUCGGGAUUUUUGUUGUGUUUGUUUUUUUUGUUGCGUUUGGCAUCAUAUUGCUAGGGUAUUUGAGUUGGUUGUCUUGAUUGACUAAUAAUCU